GCUGCUGAUAUUUCUGAUGAUAAUAUAAAUGAUAUUUCUUCUGUCAGACAUGAAGACAGGACUGUUUUUCCUCCUGCUGUCAGGUGUGGUUCUGGUCUCCUGCAGCUUCACGAGACACUUCCGCUAUGUCAAUAAGCGGCUCACCUGGUCUGAUGCUCAGCUUUACUGUAGAAAGCACUUCACAGACCUCGCCACCAUCCAGGACUCUGAUCAACUCGCCAAAGCCAACGUGGUGGCAGGGUCUGGAGUGGUCUGGCUCGGACUGUACAAACACUGGGAAUGGACUGUGGAGCAUGAGGGUGGCAAGCCGUUGACAGGGUUCAGAAACUGGGGCUCUGGAGAACAAUUUAAUAAACCUUUUGUGGUGAUAUCUGGAGAUGGGAAGUGGAGCACCAGAGGACAGGACCAGCAGUAUCCAGUUAUCUGUUACAAAGCAAAGACAGAUUCUCACUUUCUGGUCCCAGACCUGUUGAACUGGGGUGAUGCGAGGAGACGCUGCAGGAGCAUGUCCGCUGAACUGAGCAUUAUCAGAGACCAACAGGAGAACAUGAUCGUGGCGGCACUGCUGACCAAUCAGGAUAAAGGUUUUAGCUACAGCCAAGCCUGGAUCGGUCUGUCAAGAUCCCGUUGGAAGUGGCAGAUGUUCAACUACCACAGUGUGUGUUGA